UGGACAGCUAUUGAAUUCACCAUGUCCAAUGACGCAGCUGGUGCAAAAUUGUGUUCUGUAGAUUUUGAGAUAUUUGGCCAUGUCCAAGGGGUCUGUUUCAGAAUGUACACAGAAAAGGAGGGUCUGAGACUGGGUCUGUGUGGCUGGGUGAAGAACACCAACAAGGGCACUGUGGUCGGCCAGGUUCAGGGGCCUGCAGACAUGAUCUGUGAGAUGAAGGUGUGGCUGAGUAAGGAGGGGAGUCCCAGCUGUCGCAUCACCCGAGCCUCGUUCUCCAAUGAGAGAUCCAUUGACAAGGUGGAGCUCUUUGGCUUCAAGACACGCUUCUGAGGAACUCCCUUCAUCCAACGCCACUCUAACCACACCUUCUCCCGCGCUUUUACCACAUCAAUGUCACCUACUGUCUCUGUGGGUACCACCUUAUGUUUCUAAAUGCAUUGUUUCGUUCCCAACCUUUCUGAAAAAUACAUAAAUAAAUGUCAAGAUUUUUUGAGAUGCCUAAAUCUAUUAUGCAGACAGUUUGAAAUUGUGUGACAUUUUUUUAAGUAGAAGCUAAUCCAAAUAGUUGCUCAUCCAAAAGUUGUUGUCUUUUUCUCAUAAAUGCAUUCCCCGUCUGAACAUUUUGAAUGUUACAUUCAGGCUGGCAGAGCAGCAUAUAUUGUCAGGCAGCUUUGUGCUUUGCAGAUUCUCAAUGCUUUUCUUCUGAACAUGUAAUGCAAUAAAUAAAACCAUUCAAGCUCGAUGUUAUUAGAAUUCAA